AUGUUUGCUGCAAACGAUUCUGAAACUGAAAUCUAUUACGCUUCGGAGUCACCACCCGAUCUCGACAGUGAUUUGGAAGAAAACAAUGCGCACGACGAAGAUUUAGAGGCCGCUAAUGACGCUAUUGAAGAUCUGUCAACCCGUCGUAAUAAUAACGAUUUCAACACAACAAAUAUGGAUUUAGACGGGGAAUACACUUCUGAAGACGAAGAACAACGUCCACAUAUUUCACCAGCAGCUGGACAUGCCUUUCAACGCCUUAUCGACCCAUAUACUACUCGUCACCACCGUAGAUCAUCGUCACAACGUAUUCGUGGGUUUUCACCACUAAAUUCGCGGUUAUUGCGAAGGACAAAUGCCAUUACACCUUCUUUUCUUACGCAGCACGUAAAACAUAAUAAAGAGCUUGGUUUAGAAAGCAUUAAUGGUGCAGGUUCAAAGGAAUUGGGACAAUUUAGAUUGCCAGAAUCUAGUUUCUUACGUGCUGGGAUGACCUUUUCAGGAACACAAAAUUUGAUGAAUACACAACAACCUUCACAAAGGGAUGAGGAAUGGGAAGUUAAAGUGACUGUUCAUUAUGUAAAUUACAAGACUGGUACCGCAAUUGGAUUAAUGGAGGCUUUAAAUGUACCAAAUAGCUCGAAUACUGUUGUCACAUAUUGGGAAGGUGAGAUGAUUGAUUUUGUCAACCAUUCACUUUGGACGGACAAAUGGAAUUCAACACCCGAUAUUGAUCUUCAACAUUGGAAAAAGUUUGAUGCUUUUCGCCAAAUGGAUGUUCGAAGGGGGACACCUACAAAAGAGUGGUUCCAAGAAGCAUGUCAAAAAUAUAUAUUUAUGAGAUGGAAAGAACAUUAUUUUGUCAAUGUGACUGCACAAGAAAGUGGGUUGACUAUUGCAGGGUUUUAUUAUAUCUGUAUUAGGAGAAGUGAUGGAACAAUCGAAGGUUAUUAUUUCGAUCCAGUAUCUACACCAUAUCAAAAGUUAACUCUUAAACCUCUAUUAAAGGAUAACAAAGUGAAACCAUUGGCUAUUUUUUAG